AUGGAUGAGUUUGUUCUGAGACCACACGAGAAUCAGUGCGUAAAACGGGACCCAAUAUUGACAUCAAAAGGGUUUCUGAACGAAGAGUACCAGAAGAAGCCCACAAAGAGUGCCAAAGAGGUGAACCUCAUCGCUGAGGACCUGUUGGCCCAUAAGCUGAGGGGUCUGUUCGCCGAGAAACUGGAGCCCAACCCCUGGACUAAAGACGCCGUCGAAGUGCUGGAGAAAGAGCUGAGCGAAGCCUAUGGGAAGCCGUGGAAGGAUGACCGGGACUACACUCUCCUCACCUAUUCUGGCUAUUAUACCAAAGACAGGGAUCAGUUCCUGGCCAUCAACUACUGGACAACCUUUUCAUUCCUGAUGGAUGACCUACUCAUCAAUGAGAAGGAUAGAAAUGUGACCAGUGCUAUACAAAGCAGAAUUUUAAUCUAUUAUGAGUUGAUUACAAUUAAAUACCGUUCCCUUCCCAGCAAAUGGUCGGAUAAAUAUAAGAACGGAAAGACAGCUGAUAGCACUGCUAUGGAUAAAAUGAUGACCAAAGCCAUGGAGUACAUGAAAAAGGCAUUGAGUGCCGCGCAGUACGACCGACACGUGCAGCACGUGGUCGACUGGAUUGACUCGUAUGUCGAGAUCAAUAACUAUGGCUUCAACGACAAAGUCAUGUCUUACGAACAGUUCUUUGAUCUCAGGGAGAAGGAGUCAGCACAUGGUGUGCUAGCUAUCUGUGCUGAGAUGAGCUGCGCCUACGACCCCACUGUCCAUAAAAUGGUGGACAACAAGAUCUAUAAGGCCUAUACGGCAGCCCUCGGCAGACACACGGUGUUAGUGAACGAGAUCUACGGCCUGAAAAAGCGGCUCCGGGACGGACGACUCAAAUACAGUUAUCUGUACCUAAUUAUGGCUCACGAGGGCUGCUCGGCCCAGACGGCUAUGGAUCGCAUGGUGUAUGAGAUACACGACGCCUGGACUAUAGCCAUGAAUUAUGCCGAACAGAUCAGACUCAUGAAGGAUAAGGCGAUCUACGAGUAUGUGCUGGAAAUGGUGUGCCUCACCAAAGGUAACCUGUACUGGGCCUCCAAAACCCGUCGAUAUAUUGUGUAG